UCUCUCUCUAGACAUAACAACACACUCCUAAAACUUCUCCCCUCCACAACACCCCAACCACUCCAACUUCAUUUUGUUCAUACUUAGCAUUUGUUUCACAUCCAAAAAUCUGCUUCCUCUCCUCUACAACAUCCUGUGUGAGGAAGCAAGCCCUUCUCCCCGGGAGCACCUCUUUCUCUCUCCCUCCCUAACCAUGGAUUUCCCUUUAAUUUUCAUUCUAUUCCUUUUAUCUCUCUCAUAUGUUGCUCGUUCCCAGGCACCAGUCGGUCCACAAGCCCCGGCACCGGUAUUAGGUCCACAAGGCCCGGUCGUGCCCGGUACACCGGCAGUCGCGCCGGUUGCGCCUGGUUCACCAGCCCUGCUCUCCCUUGAUUACUAUGCAAAAACAUGUCCUAAGUUCGAACAAAUAGUAACUGAACAAAUCACCACCAAGCAAAGCACCAACCCUUCCACCGCCGCAGCCAUCCUCCGCGUGUUCUUCCACGACUGCAUUGUCGAUGGGUGUGAUGCCUCCAUCCUAGUUGGUUCUACUCACACCAACAAGGCCGAGAGAGACGCUGAAAUGAACGAGUCCCUUGCUGGGGAUGCUUUCGACAUAGUCACCCGCAUCAAGACCGCUCUUGAACUCGCAUGCCCCGGGAUUGUCUCCUGUGCUGAUAUCCUCGCAAUGGCAACUCGUAACCUCGUCAAGAUGGUCGGUGGUCCAUUCUACAACGUCCUAUUAGGUCGAAAGGACAGCCUCGUGUCGGAAGCUUCACGUGUCGAACCAAACCUAUCUAAGGCAAACCAUUCCAUGGAUGAAAUGAUCAAGAGAUUCGGUGGCAAGGGCUUCAGCGUCGAAGAAAUGGUGACACUAGUAGGUGGUGGACACACCAUCGGCUUCGCCCACUGUAAGGAAUUCAGCAACAGGAUCUUUAACUUCAGCCAGACGUCGGAAGUUGACCCGGGCCUCAACCGUAACUUCGCUGACCAGUUAAGAAACACUUGCCGUGGGUACGAGAAAAAUCCAGCCAUGUGCGCUUUCCUCGACCCUAUGUCACCGAGCACGUUCGAUAACAAUAUCUUCAAGAACUUGCUUAAAGGCGGAGGGGUUCUAGCUUCAGACCACUUGCUUUUUACCGAUCCAAGGACAAAGCCGCUGGUGGAACGAUACGCUGCCGACCAGCAUGCAUUCUUCCAAGCAUUUACCAAGGCAAUUGAGAAGGUUAGUCUCUUGGGAGUGAAGACUGGUAAUGAUGGAGAGGUGAGGCACAGAUGUGAUAAGUUCAAUAGCAAAUAAGACACUGAAUGUAAUACGGUUUCAAAGACCAUGGAUAUGGAUAUGGAUAUGGAUAUGUUAGGAGAGAGAGAGAACUUUAAUUUUGUAAUAUUUGUUUUCAAUCUUCUGGUGGAGAGAUGAUUCCACUGAGUUAUUCAUCUAA